AUGUCUCACGCUGUAAAAAUUUACGAUACAUGUAUCGGAUGUACACAAUGUGUACGUGCUUGUCCAACUGACGUACUUGAAAUGGUACCUUGGGAUGGAUGUAAAGCAGGACAAAUUGCUUCUGCACCUCGUACAGAAGACUGUGUUGGUUGUAAGCGCUGUGAAGCAGCAUGCCCAACAGACUUUUUAAGUGUUCGAGUUUACCUUGGAUCUGAAACAACACGUAGUAUGGGUCUUGCCUACUAA